GGAGCCUGCCUUCCGGGGGGGUGUGUGGGGAGUCCAUUCCCCGAACUCGAUCCACGCUGGCUCCCCACGGAGGCCCACCCACUCCCACUGCCACCGAUACUAUGCCGCCGUCCUAGAGCGGCAACUCUUCCGCACUUCCGCCUCAGUAUGGCAUCACAGCUGCAGGUGUUUUCCCCCCCAUCAGUGUCGUCGAGUGCCUUCUGCAGUGCGAAGAAAUUGAAAAUAGAGCCCUCUGGCUGGGAUGUUUCAGGACAGAGCAGCAACGACAAAUAUUAUACCCACAGCAAAACCCUCCCAGCCACACAAGGACAAGCCAACUCCUCUCACCAGGUAGCAAAUUUCAACAUCCCUGCUUACGACCAAGGUCUCCUGCUCCCAGCCCCUGCAGUGGAGCAUAUUGUUGUAACAGCUGCUGAUAGCUCAGCUAGUGCUGCUACGUCAACCUUCCAAAGCAGCCAGACCCUGACUCACAGAGGCAACGUUACUUUGCUUGAGCCAUAUCAAAAAUGUGGAUUGAAAAGAAAAAGUGAGGAAGUUGACAGCAACGGUAGCGUGCAGAUCAUAGAAGAACAUCCCCCUCUCAUGCUGCAAAACAGGACUGUGGUGGGUGCUGCUGCCACGACCACCACUGUGACCACAAAGAGUAGCAGUUCCAGCGGAGAAGGGGAUUACCAACUGGUCCAGCAUGAGAUCCUUUGCUCUAUGACCAACAGCUAUGAAGUCUUGGAGUUCCUAGGCCGGGGGACAUUUGGACAGGUAGCUAAAUGCUGGAAGCGGAGCACGAAGGAAAUUGUGGCUAUUAAAAUCUUGAAGAAUCAUCCCUCCUAUGCCAGACAAGGACAGAUUGAAGUGAGCAUUCUUUCCCGCCUAAGCAGUGAAAAUGCUGAUGAGUAUAAUUUUGUCCGUUCUUAUGAGUGCUUUCAACAUAAGAAUCACACCUGCCUUGUUUUUGAGAUGUUGGAGCAGAACUUAUAUGAUUUUCUAAAGCAGAACAAGUUUAGCCCACUGCCACUCAAGUACAUCAGACCAAUCUUGCAGCAGGUGGCCACAGCCUUGAUGAAGCUCAAGAGCCUUGGUUUGAUUCACGCUGACCUUAAGCCUGAAAACAUAAUGCUGGUUGAUCCAGUUCGCCAACCCUACCGAGUGAAGGUCAUUGACUUUGGUUCUGCCAGUCACGUUUCCAAAGCUGUGUGCUCAACCUACUUACAGUCACGUUACUACAGGGCCCCUGAAAUUAUUCUCGGAUUACCAUUUUGUGAAGCUAUUGACAUGUGGUCACUGGGCUGUGUGAUAGCUGAGCUAUUCCUGGGAUGGCCACUGUAUCCUGGUGCUUCAGAAUAUGAUCAGAUUCGUUACAUUUCACAAACACAAGGCCUACCAGCUGAAUAUCUUCUCAGCGCUGGGACAAAAACAACUAGGUUCUUCAACAGGGAUCCUAAUUUGGGCUACCCACUGUGGAGACUUAAGACACCUGAAGAACAUGAGUUGGAGACUGGAAUAAAAUCAAAAGAAGCUCGGAAGUACAUUUUCAACUGUUUAGAUGACAUGGCUCAGGUGAAUAUGUCUACAGACUUAGAGGGAACAGACAUGUUGGCAGAGAAGGCGGAUCGAAGAGAAUACAUUGAUCUUUUAAAAAAAAUGUUAACAAUUGAUGCAGAUAAGAGAAUUACUCCUCUGAAAACUCUGAACCAUCAGUUUGUAACAAUGACCCACCUUCUGGAUUUUCCGCAUAGCAAUCAUGUUAAAUCUUGUUUUCAGAACAUGGAGAUCUGCAAGCGGAGGGUUCACAUGUAUGAUACAGUGAGUCAGAUCAAGAGUCCUUUCACUACACAUGUUGCCCCAAAUACAAGCACAAAUCUAACAAUGAGCUUCAGCAACCAGCUCAAUACAGUGCAUAAUCAGGCCAGUGUUCUAGCUUCCAGUUCUACUGCAGCAGCUGCCACUCUUUCUCUGGCUAAUUCAGAUGUGUCUCUGCUAAACUACCAGUCAGCUUUGUACCCUUCGUCUGCAGCACCAGUUCCUGGAGUUGCCCAGCAGGGUGUUUCCUUGCAACCUGGAACCACCCAGAUUUGCACUCAGACAGAUCCAUUCCAACAGACGUUUAUCGUAUGUCCACCUGCUUUCCAAACUGGACUGCAAGCAACAACAAAGCAUUCUGGAUUCCCUGUGAGGAUGGAUAAUGCCGUGCCAAUUGUACCCCAGGCCCCAGCUGCUCAGCCACUACAGAUUCAGUCAGGAGUUCUUACACAGGGAAGCUGUACACCACUAAUGGUAGCAACUCUCCACCCUCAAGUAGCCACCAUCACACCGCAGUAUGCGGUGCCCUUUACUCUGAGCUGCGCAGCCGGCCGGCCGGCGCUGGUUGAACAGACUGCCGCUGUACUGCAGGCUUGGCCUGGAGGAACUCAACAAAUUCUCCUGCCUUCAACGUGGCAACAGUUGCCUGGGGUAGCUCUACACAACUCUGUCCAACCCACAGCAGUGAUUCCAGAGGCCUUGGGGAGUGGCCAGCAGCUGGCAGACUGGAGGAAUGCCCACUCUCAUGGCAACCAGUAUAGCACCAUCAUGCAGCAGCCAUCCUUGCUGACUAACCAUGUGACACUGGCCACUGCUCAGCCCCUAAAUGUUGGUGUUGCCCAUGUUGUCAGACAGCAGCAGUCUAGUUCUCUCCCUUCAAAGAAGAAUAAGCAGACUGCUCCAGUCUCUUCCAAAUCCUCUCUGGAAGUCCUGCCUUCCCAAGUCUAUUCUCUGGUUGGGAGCAGUCCUCUCCGCACCACUUCUUCUUAUAAUUCCCUAGUCCCUGUCCAAGAUCAGCAUCAGCCAAUCAUCAUUCCAGAUACUCCCAGCCCUCCUGUGAGUGUCAUCACCAUCCGAAGUGACACUGAUGAGGAAGAGGACAACAAAUACAAGCCCAAUAGCUCUGGCCUGAAGCCAAGGUCUAAUGUCAUCAGUUAUGUUACUGUCAAUGAUUCUCCAGACUCCGACUCUUCCUUGAGCAGCCCAUAUUCCACUGACACCUUGAGUGCUCUCCGGGGCAACAGUGGAUCUCUUCUGGAGGGGCCAGGCAAAGUUGUGGCAGAUGGCACAGGCACCCGCACCAUAAUUGUGCCUCCGCUGAAAACUCAGCUUGGUGACUGCACAGUAGCAACCCAAGCCUCAGGUCUCCUGAGCAGUAAGACCAAGCGUGUGGCCUCAGUGAGUGGGCAGUCAUCUGGAUGCUGUAUUACCCCUACAGGGUACCGAGCUCAACGUGGGGGUACUGGCGCAGCCCAGCCACUCAACCUUAGCCAGAACCAGCAGUCAUCUUCAGCUCCAACCUCUCAGGAGAGAAGCAGCAACCCUGCCCCCCGCAGGCAGCAGGCGUUUGUGGCCCCGCUCUCCCAAGCCCCCUACGCCUUUCAGCAUGGCAGUCCACUACACUCGACGGGGCACCCACACCUGGCCCCAGCCCCUGCUCACCUGCCAAGCCAGCCUCACCUGUACACGUAUGCUGCCCCCACCUCUGCUGCUGCAUUGGGCUCCACCAGCUCCAUUGCUCAUCUGUUCUCUCCCCAGGGUUCCUCAAGGCAUGCUGCAGCCUAUACCACCCACCCAAGCACUCUUGUGCACCAAGUCCCUGUCAGUGUUGGUCCCAGCCUCCUCACUUCUGCCAGUGUGGCCCCUGCACAGUACCAACACCAGUUUGCUACCCAGUCCUAUAUUGGGUCCUCUCGAGGCUCAACAAUUUACACUGGAUACCCGCUGAGUCCUACCAAGAUCAGCCAGUAUUCAUACUUGUAGUUGGUGAGCAUGAGGGAGGAGAGAUCAUGGCUGCCUGCUCCUGGCCCUGAGUUGUUAAUAAUGGGCUGUGGUGAACUCCUCCUUUACUCUCUCCUGAAAUUCCUUAGCCAGCAACUUGUUCUGCAGGGGCCCACUGAAGCAGAAGGUUUUUCUCUGGGGAACCUGUCUCAGUGUUGACUGCAUUGUUGUAGUCUCCCAAAGUUUGCCCUAUUUUUUAAUUCUUUAUUUUUGUGACAGCAUUUUUGGUAUUGGAAGAGUUCAGAUGCCCAUCUUCUGCAGUUACCAAGGAAGAGAGAUCAUUGUGAAGUUAACUCUUUGAAAAAUAUUGUCUCUCUGACUUGAUUUAUAAGUGCUUUUAAAAACAAGUGAAGCCCCUCUUUAUUUAAGUUUGUUUUAUUGUGUCAGAGGAAAAAUGCUGAUAGAAGGAUUGGAAGUCUGAUAACAAGUCAGAAAAGUCUUUUUGUUUAUUUAAAAACCAAACUUAUUUGCCUUUUUUAGUUUGAAAGCAGCUUAUACAAGACUGUUCUUUACUAUCAGGCAUUUCUCCUCAAAAUUUUAUCUUUGUUUAUGAAACAUUUAAACUUAACAGUGUUUUAGUUUGUUUUCAUGUUGCAUCAUACUUAAUGAGCAGUUUUGCAAAACUGGGUAUAUGUAUGACUCUGUGUUACUAUUAAUAUUCUCUCAGUUGCUCCUGUUUUUAUGAAAGUGGUGUUAAAAAGGCAGCUUACCACUUACUGGUAACUUAGUGUGUGAGAGAAUCCAUACCUACCAUGAAAGCACCAAGUGUUCUUUUGAAAUGAAGCACCAUGAAUUCUUUCUUAAAUUAUUUUUUAAAAAUCUUUCUCUGAUUCAGCUUAAAUUUUAUGGGAUAAGCCAUUAAGGUGGUUAAUAUUGUAUGGUGGUGGUUGUUUUAUUAUAUGCAAAAUAUCUUUCUAUUAUGAAAUAGUGGCAUUGAUGAGCUUUGCCUAAAGGUUGUGGUAUUGAUGAGCUUUGCCUAAAGUUAGUAUAAAUUUUCAAUAAUACACCUAUGUGUUUUCCUCGUCUCCCUUCCUGUUUUUAUGUGGUUUAUUUGGGGAGAAAGCUAAAGAAUCUGAAACCAGAUAAGAACGUCAUUGUGUAUAGCUUUUAUACUUUUAAGUAGCUUCCUUUGUAUGCCAGCAGCAAAUUGAAUGCUCUCUUAUUAAGACUUAUAUAAUAAGUGCAUGUAGGAAUUGCAAAAAAUAUUUUAAAAAUUUAUUACUGAAUUUAAAAAUAUUUUAGAAGUUUUGUAAUGGUGGUGUUUUAAUAUUUUGCAUAAUUAAAUAUGUACAUAUUGAUUAGAAAAAUAUAACAAGCAAUUUUUCCUGCUAACCCAAAAUGUUGUUUGUAAUCAAAUGUGUAGUGAUUACACUUGAAUUGUGUAUUUAGUGUGUAUCUGAUCCUCCAGUGUUACCCCGGAGAUAGAAUUGAUGUCUCCAUUGUAUUUAAACCAAAAUGAACUGAUACUUGUUGGAAUGUAUGUGAACUAAUUGCAAUUAUAUUAGAGCAUAUUACUGUAGUGCUGAGUGAGCAGGGGCAUUGCCUGCAAGGAGAGGAAACCCUUGGAAUUGUUUUGCACAGGUGUGUCUGGUGAGGAGUUGUUCAGUGUGUGUCUCUUCCGCCCCUUCUUCCUCCCCUUAUUGUAGUGCCUUAUAUGAUAAUGUAGUGGUUAAUAGAGUUUACAGUGAGCUUGCCUUAGGAUGGACCAGCAAGCCCCCCGUGGACCCUAUGCAGUUCACUGGGAUUUAUCAGAACAGGAUUAGUAGCUGUGUUGUGUAAAUGCAUUGUUCUCAGUUUCCCUGCUGACUUGGAAAAAUAAAAACAGCAGCUUUUCUUCUUUGCUGCCACCUCUACCCUUUUCCAUUUUGGGUUCUGAGCUGAGUUCUCACAGGAGCAUUUUCCCAGCGUGGCGCUCACUGUGUGUUGCUACAUGCUUCUGUGAGAAUUCGGGAAGCAGGUGAGAGGAGUCAAGCCGAUGUUAAAUAUGCAUUUUUUUAAAAAGUAUGUGCAAUCACUUUUAGAAUGCGAUUUUUUUUUCUUUUCCCAUGUGGCUGUUCUUCCUACAAAUAGUUGACAUUGCUAGUAAAAUAUUUGCUUGUUAAAAAAAUCAUAUAGCAGAUGUGUUUAUACCAAAGAGCCUGUUGUAUUGCUUACCAUGGCCCCCCAUACUAUGAGGAAGAGUUUGUGGUACCGCUGGUGACAAGGAACUCACAGCAAGGUUUACUAACCAGUGAAGGAUACUAAGAAGGAACCAAAGCCUGUGGAAUCAAUGGGGCUUUUGAAGUUUCUUUCUUACAACUUGUAUAUUCUUGGGGCCCUUCAAGCUGUGAAAUUGUCCUUGUACUCUCAGUUCCUACAUGGAUCAGGGUCAAGUAGAAGGUACUGGGGCUGGGUACAUUCCUGCCUAUAAAGGAUACAGAGAAGAAGGUUAACCCUAAGAUAUAGAUGUGUUCCAUCUGAAAAUUGUCUAUUUGAGGGAUAAUUCUAGGACUGGUUCUAUAUGGAGAUGGUGUCAAGGAGGUGUGGGAUGGAGAUGGGAGAUUUCAUGGAGCCUGGUCAGCAAGCUCUGUACCGGGUUGAACACCGAGGAGCUGUCAAAGUAUCUGGAGUUUCUUCAUUGUAAGGAGUAAGGGCUUCCAAGAUGGGGCGGGUAGUCAGUACAGCUUACCAGGAACGUGUGUGUGUGUGUGUGUGUGUGUGUGUGUGUGUGUGUGUGAGAGAGAGAGAGAGAGAGAGAGAGAGAGAGAGAGAGAGAGAUGGUUACACUGAGUUGUGUUUUCAGCAUCAUAUUGGUCAAGAUAGCCAAGCAAUUUGUAUGGUUUCUGUGGCUAGUGAUAAAUUGUUUUCUGGUCAGUGUGUGUAAUCUUUGUGUCUCCUUUUUGCCAAGCACAUUCUGACUUCCUUGUUCAAACGCAAAUCUAGUUUCUAAUGGAAACAUUUUUUGUUCCUUAUCUUUCUUCUGCAAGGGACAUGACUUAAUUGUUUUUGUACAAAAUGAGAUGCAGGAAAAGAAAAUUCACCCCUGCCCGAGUCCAACAAGUAGAUGCCAUUUAAUAUAGAAGUCUUCACUCGGUGCAAAAAGGUAAUACCAAGAGCUUGUGUUUGUUACCUUAGUCACCUGACUAGCACUGUGGCUACAGAAACUUCAGAAAUUUUCUCAGUCUGCAAAUUGGCAUUUCAGAUAUACCAAGAUAAAAAUUCACCUGUGUCUGCCAAAUGUGUAUGUGUUCAAUGUGGCUUUAGAUUCUGUCCCUGGGGCUUAAAACACUGCUGGCCCUGACAGUAUGGGGGAAGCCCCAAGAAUUUAUUGAGCAGCUGGCCUGGGUCACAGUGGCCUGACCUCAAACCAGCUUAAGGCUUUAAGUCCUCUCAGAACUUGGAUCUCCAGCAUCUCCCCUUCUAGGUGAGAGGGAAGUGGGGAAGAGUUAAGUAUAGGCUCAUCAGGACACUCGAUCACUCCUGAGUUUUUAAUGGUUCCCAGGAGGUGAUACCAUUCUGUGCUCAGCUGAAAUACUAACCCCAGGAAUCAGAACUCCUUUUCAAAUAGUUUUGGCCAUUCUGAGCCUGCUUUUGUGAUUGCUCAUCCAUCGUUGUCCACUAGAGGGGCUAAGCUUGACUGCCUUAGCCAGGCAAGCGCAGAAAUAUGUGUUGUUUAAUUCAGCAUUCUUAUGCAAAAAUCCACUAGUUGAGAUGGUUUGUUUUAGGAUAGGAAAUGAAAUUGCCUCUCAGUGACUGGAAUGGCCCGAGCCUGCUUCCUCUUUAGAUUUUUUUUUGAACUGAUGAAUGGUGCAGCAUGUCUACAUGGUUGUUUGUUGCUAAACUUAAUAUAAUGUGUGGUUUCAAUUCAGCUUGAAAAAUAAUCUCACUACAUGUAGCAGUACAUUAUAUGUACAUUAUAUGUAAUGUUAGUAUUUCUGCUUCAAAUCCUUGAUAUUGCAAUGGAAUUCCUACUUUAUUAAAUGUAUUUGAUAUGCUAGUUAUUGUGUGCGAUUUAGACUUUUUUUUGCUUUCUCCCUUUUCUGGUUGUGCGCUUACUUUUACAGCAAGCCUCUAGAAACAGAUAGUUUCUGAGAAUUACUGAGCUAUGUUUGUAACGCAGACGUACUUAGGGAGUAUGUAAAAUAAUCAUUUUAACAGAAGAAAUAGAUAUUUAAAAUUUAAUACUAACUACGGGAAAAGGGUCCAUUGUGUAAAACAUAGUUUAUCUUUGGAUUCAAUGUUUGUCUUUGGUUUUACAAAGUAGCUUGUAUUUUCAGUAUUUUCUACAUAAUAUGGUAAAAUGUAGAGCAAUUGCAAUGCAUCAAUAAAAUGGGUAAAUUUUCUGA